AUGUCUCUCAAAAUUGCCAUCAUCGGUGCCGGCCUCAUCGGUCCCCGCCAUGCUCAAUCCGUCAUCGCCAAUCCAGCCACCGAGCUGAUUGCCCUCGUCGACCCAGCACCAACAGGCCAAGAAACAGCAACCAAGUUAAACACCAACUUCUAUUCCUCCGUGGCAGACCUCCUGUCCUCACCACACAAACCCGACGCAGCAAUCGUAUGCACACCAAACCACACCCACGUCCCCGUCGCCAAAGAGCUCCUCGCCGGCAACGUCCACGUCCUCCUCGAGAAACCCGUCAGCGACACUCUCGAAACAGGCCGUUCCCUUCUCUCUUUCGCUCGAGCCCCAGAACACGCCCACCUCAAACUCCUAGUUGGCCACCACCGCCGCUUCAACCCCUACGUCCGGGCUACAAAGUCCGUCCUCGACUCCGGCUCCCUAGGCCGAACAAUCGCCGUCAACGGACUAUGGACCCUCUACAAACCAGACUCAUACUUCGCCGCACCGACAGACUGGCGUGCCUCGGGUUCUCGCGGCGGAGGCGUAAUCCCCAUUAACCUCGUCCACGACAUCGACCUAAUGCACCACCUCUUCGGACCGAUAACCCGCAUCCAAGCUGAAAAAACCCUCCCGCAACGGCCCAGUCCACCACACGACGCAGACGAAGGCGUAGCGCUAACAAUGCGUUUCGCCUGCGGCGUCGUCGGCACAUUCCUCGUCUGCGACGCAACCCCCUCCGCGCAUAACUUUGAGUCCGGCACGGGUGAAAACCCCAUGAUCCCCCGUGCGACUGAAGCAGCCGACUUCUACCGUAUUUUCGGCUCGGAUGCGUCGCUGAGUGUGCCGGAUUUGACGCAGUGGAGUUAUGGGGAUGCGGGGAAGAGUUGGGCGAAUCAGUUGGUUGCGGAAAAGAUUGCGUUGCCGGAUGAGGAGGCGCCGUUUGAUUUGCAGUUGGCUCAUUUUGUGGAUGUUAUAAGGGGCGAGGUUGAGCCGAGUUGUUCGGGGGAUGAGGGGCUGAGGGCAUUGAUUGUUUGUAAGGCUGUGCAGACGGCGAUGCAGACGGGGUUGCCUGUGGAUAUUCCGGUUGAUCCUUUGGCGGAAUGUGAGUGA